AUGUUUUCUCAGACACUUCUAUAUGUUACAAUUACAAAUGUAUAUAAGCUCGGAGAAUAUGCCACAUUGGAUUCUCCUGCCACAAAAAAAAAUCUCUCCCAGCUACUUCCCCAAAAGUGUCACUGUCCAGUGGGUCCACCCUCGAUUCCCUUUAUAGCGCCACGCCUUAUCGUUCCCAAUCGCUCACUUCCGGAUCGAAAGUCGCCGGCCAUGAAGCUCUUCUGCCUUCUCCUCGUCUCCUUUUUUGCCGCGGCGUACGCGUCGUCGGAGAGAGCGAUCGCGGUCGCGGGCGCCGGCGGCCUCUUAUCGGAUCCGGAGCAACAGUGCGUGUACACGGUGUACGUGCGGACGGGGUCGAUCUGGAAGGGCGGGACGGACUCGGCAAUCGGCGUGACGCUGCUGGGCUCGGACGGCACGGGCGUCCGGAUCGCCGACCUGGAGCAGUGGGGCGGGAUGAUGGGCGCCGGCCACGACUACUACGAGCGCGGCAAUCUCGACAUCUUCAGCGGCCGCGGGCCCUGCAUGGAGCGCGCGCCGUGCUGGGCGAACGUCACCUCCGACGGCGCCGGCGCGCACCACGGCUGGUACUGCAACUAUGUCGAGGUCACGGCCACGGGGCCCCACAUGGGCUGCGCGCAGCAGCUCUUCACCGUCGAGCAGUGGCUCGCCACCGACGCCUCCCCCUACCGCCUCUACACCGCCGUCGACAACUGCGGCGACAAGCAGGCCGCCAAGGGCCAGGAGGUCAGGGCCAGCAUCGCUCUGUGA